GGUGACACAUAUCUUAGUUUAUAACAUACAUGAAUUGGCAGGCAGGGCAGCUUACUCUGUUCUUAGCUGCUGGUUUAGUACUGCCUUCCCAAGGUUUUUCUUCCUAUCAAAUGCCUGUGUUUUGCUUUCCUUGGCAAAUAUCCAUGUUUACUCUGAUUUUCUAAGUAUUUUUCUUGAGUCUUUUAAAGUCAUUAUCGCCUCUAUUAUAUAAUCUUCCUCAUUCAGGACAAAAGGGGACUUCAACAUAUACGUCUAUGCAAGUAUCAUUAAUAAGCUGUGCAUUUUAAAUCAGAAUGAAGACAAAUUCAUACAGAGUUCUAGAUGCUUAUCUGCUAAUUACAUAUUUCAUUUUUAAUGCUUGAUUUCUGUUUAUGGUACUUUGACAUCUGCAGAUUGAAAAAUUAUCAUAAGAAUAAACUUUCGUGAUGUUCUGUGAACUAAUUCACUGGAAUAAGUACUGAUGCUAUUAAUCCUCAGUUUAUUAUUCAUAAACUAUAUUUUAUGGUAUUAUUUAUUUUCGUAUCUUUUCAGAAAUAAGUAGUUUUCAUUUUCUUGGGUUCUUCUAGUAGCUGCUAGAGAGAUUUGACAAGAAAGGGUUUUCUGUUCUGAAUAAGUUUUGAACUAUGAUUUUUUUUCAUUCUGUGUUUUUCUGGACUGUGUUUCUGAGGCAUUUCAGAGUUGCCAUUAUGUAUUGGACAAGCCCAUCCCAAUAUACCCAGGAGUUUGAUCAAAUGCAUAUGCAAGGCACUGAAACUCAUAUCUUCACUUGAAGCAAGCAGGGUUUAAAAUACCUUCCAGGCCCAGAUUGCCUUUCUUCAAGGUGAAAGGAAAGGACAGGAAAAUCUGAAGAAGGAUCUUGUGCGAAGAAUCAAAAUGCUGGAAUAUGCACUUAAACAGGAAAGGGCUAAAUAUCACAAAUUAAAAUAUGGCACAGAAUUGAAUCAGGGAGAUAUGAAGCCACCAAACUAUGAUUCUGAUGAAGGGAAUGAGACAGAGAUUCAGCCACAACAGAACAGUCAGCUAAUAUGGAAACAAGGACGACAGCUGCUAAGACAGUAUCUGCAAGAAGUGGGCUACACUGACACAAUAUUGGAUGUGAAGUCAAAACGAGUACGAGCUUUACUGGGCCUCUCAAGUGAUGCUUCAGAGAAGGAAAACAAAAAUCAAGAGCCAAUGGUAAAUGGCACAGAGGGCCAGAUUAAAGAAAACAUCAUGAUUGGGAAACCUGAUUUGACUGACUCUGCCUCUCUGCUGGAGACCUUCAAGUUUCUUGAAAAUGCAGCUGCAGACUUCAGUGAUGAAGAAGAUGAAGAAGAUAUUGAAGGAAGAGAGAAAACAAUCAUUGAUACUGCAACAAUUGUAAGGAAAAGAGUGCUAUCUGACAGCAGUGAAGACAGAGAUACAGAAGAAGCUUUGAAAGAGUUUGACUUUUUGGUUACCUCAGAUGAAGGUGAUGGAGAAUCAAGAAGUUCAGGAGAUGGAACAGACUGGGAAAAGGAAGACCAGUGUCUCAUGCCUGAAGCUUGGAAUGUCGACCAGGGAGUAAUAACCAAACUCAAGGAACAAUACAAAAAGGAGCGCAAGGGGAAAAAGGGGGUGAAGAGAAAAACUACCGAAGAUAUGUUUCAGCCUCAAUCCUAUAUAAAACAGUCAAAACAGGGAUGUGGGAAAAUGAUGGAGCAAAGUACAGGGCCCAACAGGUCAAAGCUACAAGAUAUGCUUGCAAACUUGAGAGAUGUUGAUGAUCUCCCUUCGUUACAGCCAUCUGUUGCACCGCCCUCUAGACCCAGUAGCUCAAGGCUCAUUGAACACGAGAUAAACAGAACAGAUGAAGUGGAAGCUUUAACAUUCCCUCCUUCUUCAGGGAAAUCUUUUAUUAUGGGACCAGAUGAAGCCCUUGAAAAUGAGCUGGGUCUUGGAGAACUGGCAGGCCUUACGGUAGCCAAUGAGGCAGAUUCACUGACUUAUGAUAUAGCAAACAAUAAGGAUGCAUUGAGAAAGACUUGGAACCCCAAAUUCACAUUAAGAAGUCACUUUGAUGGAAUAAGAGGUCUCGCUUUUCAUCCGGUUGAACCAGUCUUAAUAACUGCUUCAGAGGACCAUACAUUAAAAAUGUGGAAUUUACAAAAAACAGCCCCAGCAAAGAAGAGUGCUUCUCUUGAUGUAGAGCCAAUAUAUACCUUCAGAGCACAUAAUGGACCAGUGCUCUGUGUGGUGAUGAGCAGUAAUGGUGAACAGUGUUACAGUGGAGGAACGGACGGCCUCAUCCACGGCUGGAGUACAACCAACCCAAACAUCGACCCAUAUGACUCUUACGAUCCUUCUGUUCUAAGAGGUGCUUUUGUAGGCCAUACAGAUGCAGUGUGGGGUCUGGUUUACAGUGGAACACACCAGCGUUUGCUCUCUUGUUCAGCAGACGGCACUAUACGUCUAUGGAAAGCUACAGAAAUUGCUCCAGCUCUCAAUAUAUUUAAUGAUAAUCAAGAACUGGGAAUCCCUUCAUCCGUAGAUCUUGUGAGCAGUGACCCAAGCCUCAUGGUAGCAUCAUUUAACAGUGGACACACUAGCAUUUUUAACAUGGAGACGCGGCAACGAAUUCUUACCCUGGAGUCCAGUGUGGAUACUACAGUCGCUUCUUCCUGUCAGAUAAACAGAGUCAUCAGCCAUCCAACUCUUCCAAUUAGUAUCACUGCUCAUGAAGACAGACACAUCAAAUUCUACGACAACAAUACAGGAAAACUGAUCCACUCCAUGGUAGCUCACUUAGAUGCAGUUACAAGUUUAGCUGUUGAUCCGAAUGGCUUGUAUUUGAUGUCUGGCAGUCAUGACUGUUCAAUUCGCUUAUGGAAUCUCGAAAGCAAGACCUGCAUCCAAGAAUUUACUGCUCAUCGCAAAAAAUUUGAUGAGUCCAUUCACGAUGUGGCAUUCCACCCCUCCAAAUGUUAUAUUGCCAGUGCAGGGGCAGAUGCCCUGGCUAAAGUGUUUGUAUGACAGAGUGCUUCUCUUUCAACUCUAGCUUUGUAUAUAUUUAACCAGCUGCGCAAAAGAGAAGUUGAGGGCAUGAGUCUUCUUAUCCUGCCCUGUAAUUCAGAGAAUGUUUGUAAGUGUUUAGUUUUGCAGGGUGCUGUUUUCUAAAUUGACGUUUGUUCUGGUUUCUGUGAACUCAGCUGGUGCUGAGAGCUUAGAAACUCUCAGUUUCAAAUAGCUAAAAAACAAAAGAAAUGCUUUUAUUUCAGAGGGUGUGAAUUUUCGUCCAGGCAGGCCUUGGGUGAAACUAGGUCUAUGUAUUCUCUAUGAAUAAAAUGGAAUACUGGAAAGAAGGGGUCUAAUUGCAUCAGGGAGUAGGAAAAGAGGGAAACUUCCUAGGAUGCUUCUCACUGAGGAAUCUUAAUGUACUUAAAAUUACAUCACCUGUAAGAAGUGUCAGUUCACAUGCUCAUUACCGUGUCAUGUGAGAGGCACUUCAUCAUCCCUUUGUUAUUAAUAAAGUAGAUCUUGUUCAGAGAGCAGUAGCGGAUAGUUAAUCUGAGCCACCUGGCUGCUAGCCUAAGAUAAAUGCAAUUAAAGGAAAGCAAAUUACUAACAUAAAUUAAAAUGCAGUAAAGUUUUUGCUACAUCUUCUGUGUUAUACAGUAAAUAUUUAGUUUGCAAAAAAAUUUAUAUAAUUUUUUUACAGAGUGCAUUAGUGUGUGGCUAGAAGCUGAGCCUUUAAUCUAGUCCCAAUUAACAACAGACUUGAACCAGUCUGUAUAUACUGUAGUAGCAGAUUUAACUUAUUCAGAUUUAUAAUGCUGUUUAUUCUUGGAGAUCUGCAACAAGACGUUAUUGCAAAGCUUUCCAAAGGAGCUGUCCUACAAUUUAACUAUCAAACAUUCAUCUCCUCUUUCUGUUCCUGCUAAAAAGGGCAUUAAGGAUAACAGUGAAAUACUUCUUUUUAAACCCGUACCUGAUGCUUUGUAUGAGUCCUACUAGUGCAAUAGGUGCAAACUGUACAAAGUUCCAUCCGUUUGAGAGAUUCUGCUACUUUUAGAGGUAUUACGCAGCUUCACCAUUUGUGGAACUUUUUAACUUGUCCGCUUCCCUGGGCAUAUUGUGCCAUUGGUUAGGUUACCUGAAGAAUGAGUAUUUGUAAUUACUCAACAGAUGUGCUUUGUUUGUGUACUCAGAGCUUCUCUGUUGAUUUGAAUGACAAAUAGCUUUUAAACCGAUCUUUUAGUCUUUUUAUCCCUUCUUAAAUGAAGGUGAGUUGAUUCUUUUCCAUUAUGUGUUGUCAUCACAGUUAUUACUGCUCAUAAACUUGCAGGUGGUGUUUUCCUCUAAUGGGAAUGGAAGGCAGAAUUUCUGUCGGAGAUGAUUUCUGGUGCUGAUGUGAGUAGGAAGGAACUCAGUGCAACUCUCCCAUGUACUGGCCUGAGGUUCAGACUGGAGACUGAUAACUGAAUCUUUACCUUUAAACUGACACUUUCUAAAAAGGAAUCAUUGAAAGGUAUCAACAUAGCAUUUGACUGUGUUGUUUCUAGAGUGGCAUUCGGGGAUGGGACCACAUUUGAAGCUAAUCUCAGAGUUUAAAUCAUCUGUAUUAUUUAGAAUAAAAGGUUGACCUGUGAUGUUUGAGUCUGCAACACAUUAUAUUUACUAAAAUAUCCUGGAAUACCUUUUUUUUCUCAGAAUAUCGAGAUAUGUCACUUCAUGGAUAUGCAAUAUAUUUCCAUAGAUAAAAUUAGAACUUUUACCAUGAAGCAGAUGACUACAGUAGUAAUUCAGAUUAUUUAGUUUUUAUAAAGUGUUUUGGUUAUGAUGGGAAAGGGGAAACUUGGCUGCAAAACUCAGCAUUCAACUUUGUGAGAGUUCUGUGUACUUGACUCAUAUUCUUUCACUGUCAUUAUUUUAUUUCUUUGAAGAGGAAAUUACAAAGAUUUAUUUGAAAAAUUCUAAAAGUUAUGUAUAGUAUAUAUGUGUAUAUAUAUUGUAAACAUGUAUUAAAUGUGUCUAGUAUGGGAAGACUCAAUGGGUGCAUUUUAAUGUUUUAGUAUUAAGAGUUCUCUUCAGUUUGUGUAUACAAAGGGUAAUGGUGUGAGUAUGAAAUGAAUGUUGUGCUUUUGCUUACACAAUACAAUAUAUAGUUACAGUUGUUUAAAUUGCUGUACAUAAAACUAAUAGGCUGGCAUGCUUGUUUUUAAAGACUGUCAUUCUGAUUACAGUUGGAAUGUAAGAAGUGGGUGUUCAAAUGUGAAUUGAAAAAUGUUUCCUUCUCGCUAUUGAACUCUUGCUCAAACUGAAAGUGAUUUUUUAAGCUGGCAAUAGCUAGAGGAUGAGGUGCCUUUAAAAAAAAAAAACAAAACAAACAAAUGUAGCCUUACAAAGAGGUUGUGGAGUAUAUAUAUUUUUGUGCUGGUCUUCAUAAUUGACGUCAAUGUCUUUUUACUGUACUUGCUCACAUACCUGUAGGACUGCAGGCUAUUGUGCAUGAACCUGUCAGAUCUUCUGAACAUCAUCAUAGGAGUUAGGGAUGAAAAUAAUUAUUUAGGUUAUCUAGUCCAUCUGCUUGCUAAAGCAGGGUUGUAGACUUGUGCAUUUUAAUAUUAUCUUGUUCAUUGAGGUUUUAUGUAUGUUCUAAGCAGUUAGGCUUCCUUUUGAAGAUUAUUUCAAUGUGUAUGUCUCACGUACAGGAGGAUUUUCAUGAUGUUUGGUGGUUCUUUUUUGUAACUUCAUGCCAGUAUUCCAAGCCAUGUUUUGUGCCAUUUUACGUAUUCCUCAUUGGCUAUGUAAUUUGGAACCUGCAUGCAGUCAGUGGUUUUAGCUGUAUAUUUCCAUUCCUUUCUACUUUCUUCAAGCUAUUUUUAAGUCUGCUCUUUUUACACAACUCUUGUUUUCAGCUUUUAAGCUCAGUUCUCCAUAUCUUGGUGCCCGCAAAACCAUUCCACAUGCAUAGCUUGUUGGACUUAGUCUGAAGGUCAUCUGUUAAGUGUGGGAUUUGAUUUUUUUUUUUUUUCCCCUGUAACAUGAUGCUUUUGUGUAGGAAAACCAAAUUUUUGGUUUUCUGGCUAGUGUCAUACAAACCCAAAUCGUAUUUCUGUUUUUCUUACAACUAUUCUAAAUAACUUUGAGCAUGGUUGCUUCUCAAGUUUCUUCUUCACUUUCAGUAUGUUGUUAUGAUUCUUUUGCAGAUAGAUAAUUCCGGCUUAAUGAUUAUCCUGGGGUUUAUAAACUUUGAACUUCUGAUCUCUAAGAGCACUAAAUCAUUCUUUUUUUUUUUUUAACUUUUUCUGUGCAGUUCUUCCUGGUUCAGUGUAAUUGGGAACUUUAGUGAAUGUGAUCCAUACAUCUGUUGAAGAUGUAAACAAAAUGGGACCUAAGGCUUAUUUUUGCAGAAAAGCUUUUUUGUGCAGUGUCAGUAUGUGGUAUUUUACCAUUACUAUUUUUCCCAUAUCUAAUUUACAUAGUACAUUUUUUAAUGGUUAACUCAUAGAAAUUUUUGUGUGUGUUAGCCUGUGCUAAGAUUUUGAUUUUACUAACUAAUUUAAUGGGAGAAUUUUCAGUCCUUCUGUAUGUUGAAAAUUGGCCUGCUAGGUUUAAAUACCCUCAUUUCCAGUUUACUUUACUGUGCCGUUUACUUUCACAUAUUUGAUUCAGUUACCAAAACACUUGCACAAAAUUCUUCGGAGUAGCCUGGAAGAAGCUCUAGGUAUAAUUAUUCACUCUUAGAGAUUGGUAGUGUCUGCAUUUAUUUUUUUCUCAAUGGAAAACUUCUAUCACACCAAGUAAAAGAUUUUAUUACUUU